AUGUUACUUAAAGAUAAAAAGACAUUAAUAGCUGAUGAUCCAAUAAUUCCAACAACUCAAAAACCUAGACUGCUGCAUGGAGAAUGGCUACAUAAUCAAAGAGUCUUUGGUGGUCAGCAUCAUAGUCAUGAUCAUCAUAACCGUGUAAUGGGAGGUAGUUCAAGUAGUAGCGAAAGAGAUACGGAAAUACCUCUUUGUCAUUCUACCGUCCUGUACCAACGUCCUAAAGUAGCUGAAAAUAGGAACAAAUUAUGGAAAUUUAUUUUAAACGACGAUGACCAGCCAAUUCAAACAUUCCGUUUAGAACGAUGCAAUACUAGUCGUUCGACGUGCUCAGAGAUGAUAAAUUUUAUUCCAACUUACGAAGGCGUGUGCGUUCAAAAAUGGAUUCUAAAAGAAAUGUACUAUAUUCACGACGACGGUACUAUAGGAAACGAUUAUUUCAAAAUUCCGUCGUGUUGCGCUUGUAGAUUAAUGCAUAGAAACAAAUAAUUAUUUUUUUUCUCUUAAAAAUAAAAUUAAAAUUAACAAAAUAAUAAA